CUUUCAUUUACGUAGCAACAUUUUUGUGGGACUGAAACUAGAAGGCUCAGCUAAGGGGUAGAGAGAGAGAGGAAAAAAAGAAUGUGUGGAUACAUUUCUCUCAUUUUCCUUUGGACAACCCUGCUUCUCACUUUACCCUGUGGUUAUAAUGGCGACAAGAUCCUGGUUUUCCCUGUUGAUGGCAGUCACUGGGUGAACAUGGAGGUGCUGGUGAAGAAGCUGCACUCUCAUGGACACGAGCUGAGUGUGAUUCGUCUGACGGACAGCUGGUUCAUCCAGGAGAAUUCACCUUACUACACCUCCAUUACGUUGAAGCUUAAAAAGAAAUACAUAGGCCUGGACUUGUUCGAGAAUGCAGUACAAAAAAUUCUUGAGGCCCGCAGGAAAGGCCCAAUGAUGGGAGUGGUGGUCCAAUUGUCAGAAUUUAUUGGCAUCAUGAACAUAGCUCACACUGCAAACUGUGCCAUGCUCACCACCAUGCUGGAGAACAAAGAUCUGAUGACACAAAUAAAGAUGGCGAACUAUGACUUGAUGCUCACUGACCCUGCCAUACCUGGCGGUGUCAUCCUGGCACAUUACCUGCAACUUCCAAUGGUCUAUAACGUCCGUUGGAUGAGUUUCGGAGAAGGCCACUUCUCCAUUGCACCUUCUCCCAUAUCCUAUGUGCCUGUGCCCGGCUCAGGUCUGACGGACCGAAUGGGUUUGUUAGAAAGAACUCGUAACUUUCUACAUUAUGGGUUGAACCUCAUUCAAGAGCGCUGGUUGAUGAUUCCCAUGUAUUCCAACUUGUUGCUCAACUACUUCCCUCCUGGCGCUGACCUCCUCACCAUGCAACGUUCGGCGGAGCUGUGGCUUGUCCGUGUAGACUUUGUGUUCGAGUUCCCACGACCUUCCAUGCCAAACCUUAUCUACAUUGGCGGCUUCCAGUGUCGUCCAGCCAAGCCUCUUCCUGCCGAGCUGGAGGAGUUCAUGCAGAGCUCAGGAGACCACGGGGUGGUUGUGAUGUCUCUGGGAACGCUAAUUGCAGGAUUGCCCCGAGAGGUCAUGGAGGCCAUUGCCACAGCUUUCGCCCGCAUACCGCAGAAGGUGAUCUGGAGGUUUGUUGGCGAAAGACCUUCAUCACUGGGCAAUAACACUCUACUGCUUCAGUGGAUACCUCAGAACGACCUGCUAGGCCAUCCAAAGACACGUGCUUUUGUGGCUCAUGGAGGCACGAAUGGUCUAUACGAAGCCAUCUAUCAUGGGGUGCCAGUUCUGGGACUCCCUUUGCUAUUUGACCAACUAGAUAACAUUGUACGUCUUCAGGCAAGAGGAGCAGCACGGAUGCUGGAUGCAGCUACUUGCACCACAGAAGAAUUUCUUGAAGCUUUGAGAGAUAUCUUAGAGAACUCAACGUAUCAUCAGAACAUGCAGAAGCUUUCCAGUUUACAUCGAGACCGGUCUCUGCAUCCUCUCGACAAAGCAGUGUACUGGAUCGAGUUUGUCCUGCGCAAUAAAGGUGCACCCCAUCUGCGCACUGAGGCCUACAACAUGUCCACAUACUCCUACUACUGUCUAGAUGUGGCUGCAUUGGUUCUCCUCACACUUCUGCUGACUCUGGGAGGUGUCUACAUAAUGUGUAUACUAAAAUUAAAAAGAAAGACAAACAAGGCUGUGAGAGACAGCAACAAAAAAGCUGUAAAGGAAGGCAGUAAGAGGCUGAAAGAGACCAUUCAUGCACUGAAAGACAGCAAUAAUAUUCCCAUCUCAAAACUAAGAGCAAGCAAAAGAAUUUAGUGAAUAGGCAAGGAAUCCAGAGAGCUAUACACUUCAUUCUUCUUUAUUAUAUUUUUCUAAAUUUUUCUUACAUUGUUUUCUUCUUCAAUAUUCUUCAAGUGUUAUUGUUAAUUAAAGCGAAAAGCAUUACAGUUGUUUCUGGUAAUUGAAAUAAAGCUGAAAUAAAAUAUAAAUAUUAGAUGAAAAGCUUAGAAAUUUCGCCUUGGCAACUGAAACUUUAUUAACUGAAAUAAAUAAAGUACUAAAAUUAUUAAACAUUAAAAAAAGGCUAUAUAAAUAUUUAUAUAUAGAUAAAAGCACAACAAAAUGAUAAAGCUUGGAAAUAUAAAAUAAAAGCUAAUUAAAAUUAUUAAUAAAUAUUAUGGUAUAUAAAUAGUACUAAAAUUACACUGCCUUCCAAUUAUUAUUAUUAUUAUUAUUAUUUUUUAAUAGGACAGUUGAGAAGUGACAGGAAAGUACAAAGAUAGAGGAACAGGAAUAAGACAUGGCCCAAGUUAGACUCGAACCCAGGUCCCCAUGAGCACAACGGCUCUUCGUGUCAAAUAAUUUCACUACCCCUGUGUCCUAGCUCUACAUGCUACACUCUUAAAAAUGCUGGGUUAAAAACAACCCAACUUGGGUUAUUUUGACCCAGCUGGUUGGGUUAAAUGUUUUGACCAAACAUGUUAUUUUAUUUAAGUCAACUGUUGUUUAAAAAUUAUUAUAUUGCUGGCUUAAAAUGGAGUAGAACUUAUAAAAAACACACAGAAUUACUAGAGGUAAGAGCAAUAAUCAAAAGAUGAACAUGUAUUACUAAGCAAGAACACGUGGACAAAAUAGAAGUUAUUUGGGUGAAUACAGCAUAGUUUACAAUAUUACAUACAUUUAAACUCGUUUAACAAGCAUUUAAGACAUAAAUGUAACAUUUAAAUGUUGCAUUUUAAUUUUAGUGUUUUCAACCGUUUUUACCGAAAUAGCGCUAAUUCUCGUGCCGGUGUGUUGCCGAAAUCAGAGCCGGUGAAGAGCUGCUGUUCGGCGGUGUAAUUGAGAACUUCAGACCGCGGCCUCGCGUUUCACUCGUAGCUGAAAGAUGCCGUGACUGACUCCAAAAUAUGCCCAUAAAAAAGUACUGAGAUCUGAUAACACAUUUUAAUAUCAAAAUAAAUUAAACUCAGUACAAUAACGAAUCCAUUUAUUUUAUGCAAGGCAAAAUGCGUUUUCAUCCUAACAACCGCUGCAAACGCAGCUGACUGACAUCUCCUCCUUAUGUUGUAUUGCGUGAAAUAAUACAAUUUACAACACACUAAAGACUUUAUAAAUUAAAUAAAAUGUAUACAAACCUAUAUUUCGCUUAAGAAGUGCACCAAAUCGGCAGCUGUCUCUCCUGUAGAGGACACAAAAAGCCAGCGCUUUGAUUGUAACUCAGCAGCUGGGGUGUUUCGUCAGAGACAGGCUCAACCCAUCUGUUGGGUAGAAAAAAAUAACCCAGCGUUAAAUGACCCAACCGCUGAACUACACAGCACCUGGGGAAAAAUAUUAAAAAUAACCCAAUAAAAUGACCCAACGGGCUGCAUUUUUAGAGUGUAAUAAUUCCUUUCUUUCUGUUUCUUUCUUUGUUUCUUUGUUUCUUUCUUUGUCUUUAAUUAUCUUUCCCCACUUCUUGAGCUCUUGCCAACUAAACUGUAUGUUGGUGAUUAGGUGCAGAUCCCUUCCUGGAAUAUUUGAAGUAAUCCCCCUUUUUUGCAAACAAUGCAUUUAAGGGCAUUUGCAAAGGAAAUAGAGUCAACAGUGACAAACAGCUGCUGGUCAAUAUUCUGGUAUGAUGUAACUCUUUGCAAGAUGUGAAUUGUUGUAUAAGCUAGUCAGCCUGUUCAGCAUGUGACAUGCAGUGCUGUGUUGAAAACUUACAGAACAUCUAAUCAUUUGUAGCUCCAGCAAUGAAACUUAAUUGGAGCCAUUCACAUUUUCGUUUUGUAAAACAUGGUUAAUUAACAAUGUGAUGGAUAACAAAUGCUCAAAAUAAACGCUCUUAUCAGAGUCCAAAACAGCGGGUUUCAUUUUAACACACGUUUAUAUUUUGCAGCUGAUCACCAGCAGAUGGCGCAAUGGAUAUAUUCAAAGUAUAGCUUGGAAUCAUUUCUGCAAUCCAAAAUCAGAUUAUAUCCUAUAUUCUUUUACAUCAGCUUGGCGCUUUUUAUAAACCAUACAUCAAAAUACCAUGGUUUCAUUAAAGCAAAAAUGAUCUAAAACUAAGAUGAUCACAAACCAGACCAAAAUGCUGCGUGUCACAGCACUUUCUCUUUACCAGCCGGAGGAGGACAUCCUUUUCUCCAGAUAUGAGACAGGAGAUGGCUGGAAGCACAUGCAGGGACAGAAUGAUAAAAAGAAGACAGGCAAGGAUGAGAGAGCUCUAACUGAUUGAGGGGACAUUAGCCUGGGCUGUACUCGCUAAUGUAUGCUUCUAAUGACUCGUUAUCUCAUUAUCAAUCUUAUUCUCGCUCAUCUUUUCUUUUCCUCACUCUCUCCCCUUCCUCUAUCUCUCUAUCUCCUCCCAAUCGACCAGCAAUGAUGGGAAUAGCAAU